CAUUUCACCAAGUCCUGAAAAAUCAGAAUGGAAUUAGAAAAAACCUACGCGACUCCCAGGACUGGCCGAACAGGACAUGGAGGAGUGAAUCAGUUAGGGGGUGUUUUUGUGAAUGGUCGCCCCCUUCCAGAUGUUGUCCGCCAAAGGAUCGUGGAACUUGCCCAUCAAGGGGUCAGGCCGUGUGACAUCUCCAGGCAGCUGCGAGUCAGCCAUGGUUGUGUCAGCAAAAUACUUGGCAGGUACUAUGAAACUGGGAGUAUUAAGCCUGGAGUGAUUGGAGGAUCAAAACCAAAGGUCGCCACACCCAAAGUCGUUGAAAAAAUUGCAGAGUAUAAACACCAAAAUCCUACCAUGUUUGCAUGGGAGAUCAGGGAUAGACUUCUAGCCGAGCGGGUGUGUGACAAUGACACCGUGCCCAGCGUCAGUUCAAUUAACAGAACAGAACCUCUGACUUUUGCUGGUAAAGCCUCCACGGGGUCUGUGACCCAGGUAUCCUCAGUGAGCAUUGACUCUGCAGGAUCCUCCUACUCCAUCAGUGGAAUUCUGGGAAUUACACCCCCUGGCACUGAGAGCAACAAACGUAAGCGAGAUGAAGGUAUUCAGGAAUCUCCAGUACCAAAUGGCCUUUAUCUCCCGGGUAGAGACUUCCUUCGGAAACAGAUGCGAGGAGACCUUUUCACUCAGCAGCAGUUAGAAGUCUUGGAUCGAGUCUUUGAGAGGCAACAUUAUUCUGAUAUCUUCACAACAACUGAGCCAAUCAAACCAGAACAGGCAACUGGAUACUCGGCUGUGGCAUCGUCAGCUGGUGGACUGGAUGAUCUCAAGGUCAAUAUAACAAGCCCUAGUUCCAUAGAUAUAGGAGCUAGUGUUCCAGGGCCUCAGUCAUACCCUAUUGUGACAGAUCGUGAAUUGGCAAGCACAACUCUCCCAGGAUACCCUCCUCAUAUACCCUCUUCUGGACAGGGCAGCUACUCUGCUCCAACACUGACAGGAAUGGUGCCUGGAGAGAUGCCUGAGGACUGGAAGAAAGCUAAUGUCACUCCAGUCUUCAAAAAGGGUAAGAAGGAGAACUAUAUGCUGGUCAGCCUCACCUCGAUUCCUGGGGAGGUGAUGGAGCAGCUCAUCCUGGAAGCCAUUUCCAAACACAUGAAGAGCUGUGGCUAG